GCGAGUUUCUUUCUUUGUUUUAGCCAUGGCGCCCAACCUCUGCUCUUCUUUCUUCAUUUACUUUCUCAUACCAUUCCUUUCGUUUUCUCUCCCGUCCAUUCCCGCCGCGACGGCGAACGGCGGAGAAUGCAUAAUGCCGGCGGGGGAGCGCAGGCCGCCUCUCUUCAUCUUCGGCGACUCCUUCAUGGAUUCCGGCAACAACAACUACAUAAACACCACUACUCUCGACCAGGCCAAUUUCCGCCCCUACGGCGAGACCUUCUUCGACGCCCCCACCGGCAGGUUCUCCGACGGCCGCCUAAUCUCCGACUUCAUAGCCGAGUACGCGGGGCUGCCGUUGGUGCCGCCAUUUCUGCAACCGGCGGAGAAGCAUGAAUAUUACGGCGGAGCAAACUUUGCGUCGGCCGGCGCCGGCGCUCUGGUCCAGACAUUUCAGGGAGAAGUAAUUGAUCUAGGGACUCAGCUGGAAUACUUCAACAAGGUUAAAGCCUGGUAUAGGGGCAAGAUUGGAAGCGCAGAAUCAAGAAAGGCGUUUGCAAGGGCAGUGUAUUUGUUCAGCAUUGGUACAAAUGACUAUCUUAGCCCUUUCCUAACCGAUUCCAAACUCCUAACCUCCUAUUCACAUUCCCACUACGUGGACAUGGUAAUCGGAAACUUGACACAAGUCAUUCAAGACAUAUAUAGAAGUGGAGGCAGGAAAUUUGGGUUAUUGAAUUUGGGGGAUUUGGGAUGUAUACCUGGCAUGAGACAGCUUAAUCCUCCAACUAAAAGUGGGUGCUUACCACAAGUUUCAAAGUUGUCAAGGCUACACAAUAGGGCACUCCACAAAAUGCUAGUGAAAAUGGGGAAUCACUUCAAAGGCUUUAGAUAUGUCCUCUAUGACUUCAACCAUAAUCUCAAACAAAGGAUUAAUCAUCCCUCUAAAUUUGGUUUCAAGGAAGGGAAGAUAGCAUGCUGUGGAACAGGGAGAUUUAGAGGAGUAUUCAGCUGUGGAGGAAAGAGGCCUGUGAGGGAGUUUGAAGUUUGUGAGAAUCCAAAAGAAUAUGUUUUUUGGGACUCAUAUCAUCUUACAGAAAGUGUGCACAAACAAAUGGCAGAUCAUAUGUGGAAUCAGCCCAAGCUUGGGCUUUACACUUUGAAGAACCUAUUUCAAUGCCUAUAGCUUUUUUUUUUCCCCCUCUAAGUUAUAAUGAAGUUAUACUCCAUAAUUCUUAGAGUUUAAAUCGAUAAUUUUUUAAAUUA